GAUGGGGAAGUUCUGGAGGAAGUACUAACUGUGGAGAACAAGAUUGUUGAAAUGUGUCAAGGUCUACCGUUGGCAGCAAGUGUGUUGGGAGGCCUCUUAUGCAACAAGGAUAAACAUGACUGGCAGGAAAUUCUUGAUGGCAACCCCCUUGUUGCAGGGGAAGAUGAUCUUCGGGAAAAUAGCAUAAAGAAGAUCCUAAAACUAAGCUAUGAUUAUCUACCAUCUCCACAUCUGAAGAAAUGUUUUGGUUACUUUGCAAUGUUUCCAAAAGAUUUUAUGUUUGAAAAGGACCAACUAAUCCAACUCUGGAUGGCAGAAGGGUUUCUUUGUCCAAGUCAAGAGAUCCCUGUGAUGGAAGAUGUAGGGAACAAGUUUUUUCAACUUUUGUUGAAAUAUUCCUUGCUGCAAGAUGUUGAGCUAGAUGAGCACAACAAUAUAACGCACUGUAAGAUGCAUGAUCUUGGGCAUGAUUUGGCUGGAGAUACAUUUAAAAUCUAAACUAUUUGAUACGAAAAGUGUUGGAGGAGAAAAUAUUUCUCAAGUCCGAUACUUUGGAUGGGAAUCACCAAGUGACCAAAUAGAAAAGAUAUAUGAGCCAGGACGUUUGUGCACAUUGUUCUGGAAAAGCAAUAUAUCUGAUGAUAUGCUAUUGAGCUUUCAGUUCUUGAGAGUUUUAAAUUUGUCUGGAUCAGGCAUUCAGGAGUUGUCAGCCAAAAUCAGCAAGCUAAUAUACUUGAGAUAUCUUGAUCUCUCCAACACUGAGAUCGAAGACCUUCCCAACUCCAUUUGCAAGCUCUACAAUUUGCAAACAUUUAGAGUCAGUGGCUGUUCUUCACUGAGGAAGCUUCCAGAAGAAAUGGCAACUAUGAUAAGUUUGAGACACAUAUAUUGCAACUAUCAUUACCAAUCAGAAAUUCAUGAUCAGUUUCAGAUGCCACUUAAUAUGGGGCAAUUGACCAGUCUUCAGACGCUACAGUUUUUUUACAUAGGUUUAGAUAAAGGUCGUCGAAUAGAAGAAUUAGGUCGUUUGGAAAACCUUAGAGGUACAUUGACGAUUGACCGUCUCCAAUUAGUCGGAAAUAAAGAAGAGGCUCGAACAGCAUGUCUACAGGAGAAACCCAAUAUCUACAAGCUGGCAUAUUUAUGGUCCCAUGAUGAAUCAGAAGGCCAUGAGAUCAAUGAUGAGCAUGUGUUGGAUGGUCUUCAACCGCAUCCUAACUUGAAAACCUUAUCAGUAGUGGACUAUUUAGGGACUAAAUUUCCUUCAUGGUUCAGUGAAGAGUUGCUACCAAAUUUGGUCAAGUUGAAACUAAGUGGUUGCAAAAGGUGCAAAGAAAUUCCAUCCCUUGGCCAACUGAAAUUCCUUCGGCAUCUUGAGCUGGUAGGAUUCCAUGAGUUGGAAUGCAUUGGACCUGCUUUAUAUGGUGUUGAGAUUCGCGAUAUUGGAUCAAGCAGCAUUAUCCAAGUGUUCCCGUCAUUGAAAGAACUAGUAUUGAAGGAUAUGCGUAGUCUUAUUGAGUGGAAGGGAGAUGAAGUUGGAGUAAGAAUGUUUCCUAGGCUUGAGAAGUUGACGAUUUCAAGGUGUCGACUGUUAAAAAGUACUCCAAGUCAAUUUGAAAUCCUGCGUGAAUUAGCAAUUCAUAGUGUUGACAGUGAAAAGCCAUUGUUGAACUUGUGCAGCAACUUGACAUCUCUCGUAGAGCUUAGUGUCUAUUUUGUGAAGGAGCUCACUUGUCUUCCCCAUGAGAUGCUCCACAACAACGUUUCUCUUCAACACCUAUGUAUCUCAGACUGCGGAGAGUUUCGUGAAUUGCCACAAAGCUUGUACAAUCUCCAUUUUUUAAAGAGCUUAAUGAUUGACAGCUGCCCCAAUUUCAGUUCUUUUCCUGUUCCCAGUGGAGAGGAUUAUUUGACUUCCCUCCAAAGUCUUCAGUUAUGGAAUUGUGAUGAAUUGACCAGUUUACCAAGUGGAAUGCUAGAGCAUUGUCUGUCUCUAGAAUCUUUGAUGGUCAAGCACUGUAACAACUUAGUUUCCUUGCCUUUACAUGUGUGGGAAAUGCCUUCACUUUCAUAUUUGGGUUUAUUAGAAUGUACCAAAUUGACUAGCGUAGCCGCAGGAGGACUUCACCGUCUCACCGGGUUACGGAAAUUACAUAUUGGUCCUUUCUCAGAGAUGGUGGAUUUUGAGGCAUUCCAAUUGAUUUUUAAUGGCAUUCGGAAGCUGUUGUCCCUUCAUACAUUGGGGGUGUCGGGACACUUGCACUGGGAUUCUCUGCCCUAUCAGCUGAUGCAACUCUCUUCCCUAAUAGAGAUCCAUAUAUCUGAUUUUGGAAUCGAGGCUCUUCCUCAUAGAUUUGACAACCUUACUUCUCUUGAAACAUUAACGCUAAAGAGGUGCAAACGGCUGCGAUAUGUGGACUUCUCAGAUGCCAUGCCCAAAUUACAAUAUAUGAGGAUACAAGAUUGUCCAUUGUUAGAAGCUCUGUCGGAUGGGCUCGACCAUCUUGUUUCUUUGGAAGAGUUAAGUUUAUCUAACUGCAAAAAACUAGAGCAUCUUCCAUCCAGAGAUGUCAUGCGACGCCUCACCAAAUUAUGGAACCUGCAAAUUUAUGCCUGCCCAAAGUUAGAAGAAAGUUGUAGCAAUCUGAGUGGCCCAAACUCCCAGUGGUCCAACAUUUCCCAUAUUCCAAAUAUUGAAUUAGGCAGAAGGAUAAUUCAGGAUAGACGUUACUAGUUCCAAGGUCAUGCUAGAACGUCAAUGUGGUAAAUCAAGCCAAAUCCCAUGAGCGGCAGGCAACUACGUUAGGUUACUAGGUACAAGGUCAUGGUAAAUCGUCGUUGUGGUAUAUCAAGACAAAAUCCAUGGGCAGAAUCAUGUAAAGUAUUUUGGAACCACCACUUUUAUUUUGUAUAUAUGAAGAACAAAAUCUUCAGCUCUAGACUCAUUAUGGAACACUUUCAUGAGUAUUUGGAUACUGAACAACCUUUUUGGGCAACUGAAGUCUACAUAUGAAACAUAAAAAAAUUCAAAGUGUAUAGGGUGCUCAAUGAGAAGCUACACAGGUCUAUCCUCUGUCUUUGCAUGGCCGUGUGUGCAUCCUAAUUGCAUCAAUCAACUAUCCAUGAAAUCGUGUACCUGUUUGAAUGUAAGCUGUUUGGAAGAGACUACAUUAGUUUCAGUUAAUUUGGUGUUUCUUUCCAUAUAAUUCUUCUUUCCUUUUUCCUUUUGCCACAACUUCAGUCCAUAUAAUCCAGUGUUUUGCAUUGAUGAUACGGGUGGCAAAUUUAAUCCUUGAGAAGGACACAAAUGAUUUGACCAGUUUGAUGCGUAUCCAUCCAUUAGGCUGAAGGUUUCUCUACUUUGCUUAUUGAACCAAGAUUUCCAUGUAAGGAGGUUGCUGUUGUACAAAAACAAAUUGCAUGUGCCACCUCACUCUCGUGCUAGCCAAGUAUUAAACUUGGGUCGAAGUAUGCUCAAGAACUAUUGUAGCAGUAUCCGCUGCGAAGGACCUAGGACUUGAAUGGAUUGACCAGUUGGAGGGACAUCUGUCCAUUAGGUUGAAGGAUUCUCUAUUCUGCUUAUUGAACCAACCUUUCCAUGUCUAUUACAGUUUUAUCUUGCGUAAGAGGAGGUGGACCAUUACACGGAAAGCCACUAACGUAGGCUUUGAUGCAAGACAGAGUUCCUUUUGAACCGAAAUGUGACUUCUACUGAUAGUAGAAGCUUCUCCAGUUUUUGUUGGCCGUCUUCAACAGUAUUUCCUGUUUAAUUUUCAAGGGUCAGAUUGGAACAUUUCGCUUCAGUGAUGACUGUGGUUGCACGAAGCUUGAAAGUUCAAGGAUAAUUUCUCCGUUGAUAUUGGAAAGUGAAUUGGAAAUAUUAUUUCCCUGUAUGUGGAAGAUCCGAAAAGGAUUCAUGAAUGAUUAAGUUUGUUGCACAUGAAUCAUGAUAAUCAGUAGAGGCUUUUUGCGUAUGUUGAAUUAAUCAUUAAAGGUCACAGACAUGAAUAAGAUUUGCGAAAAUGCAGUCUAGGAAAUGAAGUUUUUACUCAUGUUAGAUUUAA